CGCGCAGGGCUAAGUGGGGCUUGUUUACUUUAGAACCAGGAAAUGCCGUCCGGGUCAACUCGGGAGCUGCUAGCCGGGUAUGAGAAGAGAUGGUUUGGAGGAAAAUAAACGCGUUUUAGUGGAAAAAAACAACAUGGACAUUCACUUACUGACAAGUUUACUGGUAUUGUCUUUCAUAGCUACCGCUUUCGGCGAAGGUGGGGACCUGACGUUAGUCCAGGAGUUGUCCUCCAAGCCGGCCCAGAAGUUGUCUAGAUACGGUUGGUAUGGCAACGUCAGGCUGACCGUGUUCCAUGUCCCGGACGACACCGUCGCCGCCCGCUGGCUGUUCACUGUAACCAGGGGCAACGGUUUCAACUGUGGAACACACAACGUCUCCAUGUAUUUGCGUUGGGGGUCUCCUCCAGUCAUCGACCCAGUAGGACGGGUGUUUCCUAACAACACUGUGACAUCACCAGUCCUCUCACUCAACCUGUCCAUGACAUCAUCGCAAAGCAACACAACCUUUAACCUGUCUAACCCCGCCCCCGGAGACUGGUACCUGGCGGCCCACCUGCCCCGAGACGAUGGACGCAUCGAACACAAGGGAUUCCCGUCCUGCUCCUACUUCUUCCAGCCCCAGCUGUCAGUCAGGAGAGCAGUGGACACACCCAUCCUCCAGGCCACGCCCCUAACCCAGACCGCCUCCCCCAACAGACCUGCACUACUCAGAGUUUUUGUUCCAGAGUUCGUGUCGUCUCUCUCGGUGUCUGUGAGUGGCUGUACCUGGGGGGAGGGGCUUGUGAACGGAGACUGUUCAUUGUCCCUCACGCUGGGCUCCUCCUCCCCCCAGGGGGGGCUUGUGAGGGUGAACUGUUCUCUGAUUGGCUGCUCGGCCGUUCUCCUCGCUCCCCCAUGGAAUACGUGGAUACGCGUCAUCGUGGAUAGUUACCAUAGCAACCGAACCACAGCCUUCAGCGUCUCAGCCAACUACACAGUGGGCUGUAAGCCUCAGAGCGUGGGUUUGUCUGGAGACGAUUACCUUAACAGGCUCCGUGGCAACGGCGGCACUGCAUCGUCACCAGGCAACAGUUCUGCGGUUGCAGGUCGUCGUAGCGACGCGUUGUCGUCGUCGGAGUGUGUGCGGCUCGUUCCGGUGCUCCGCGAAGAACUAGACGUUCUGUCGGUCCGGUUCUCUCCCGUUAACGGACCCAACGUAACGGUCACACACACACUCCCCACGUUCCUCACCUUCCCCCUCAACACACAGACGACUGGAGGGACCCUGAACCUGGACAUUACACUCAACACUACUAAUGCAACGUUAGGAAGCAGCAGGGUGAUGGCCUGUCUCUCUUCCUGGGCUCCUGUCCUCACACUCAACUACUCCCAUCCCUGUCACACAGGGUUGUCCUCAGCGGUUGGGUUCAGUCUGAACGUCAGUGUUCCUGGGUCCAUCGUCAGACUUCCCUUCCCUCAGGCUGCCACCUGGUACCUGACCUUACAACUCUUCUGCAACAGUAGUGACUGUGGUAAUGUAACAGUGACACCACAGCUGUACGUAUCAGCCUGUAUCGAGGACUGUGGGACGUUUGGAGAGUGUCGACUGUUGAGAUCGUACAGCUAUCUCUACGCUGCCUGUGUCUGCAAAGCCGGUUGGAGUGGGUGGGGCUGUACCGAUGACGUCACAGCCCAGUCGUACGGUCGUCAACUGACAGCGGUUCUACUGCUCACGCUCAGUAACCUCCUCUUCCUCCCGCCCAUCGUCAUCGCUGUCCGACGCCGUUACGUCACCGAGGCCUCCGUCUACCUCUUUACCAUGUUCUUCUCUACUUUCUACCAUGCGUGUGACCAGCCUGGUUUAACAGUGAUGUGUAUCAUGGAUUACGACACUCUCCAGUACUGUGACUUCCUGGGUUCAGUGUGUUCAAUCUGGGUCACUGUUCUCUGCAUGGCCCGAGUCAGAGACACGUUCAAACAUAUGUUGUUUAUGCUAGGUACUCUACUGAUAGCGAUGUCCAUGCAGCUGGACCGAAGAGGACUGUGGAACAUGCUGGGGCCCAUCCUGUGUGCUGUACUGGCCAUGGUGACCUCCUGGGUGUAUCGAGGGGUGAAGAGGAAACGGUGUUACCCUCCCUCUUGGCGGCGUUGGGUACUGUUCCUCCUCCCGGGCCUGGCCUCGGCGCUGAUCGGUGUGUGUGUGUACGUGUUCGCUGAGACGGAGGACAACUACCUGUACACACACUCUCUAUGGCACGUCCUGGUCGCCUCCAGCGUGGUCUUCCUCCUACCUCCGGGAGAGACGGACUCCGUUAUCGCCUGGAGGCCCGCAGUCUGUGGUUACACACUCUGUCACAGCACGAAGGACGAGUUAUACGCUGUUACAUGACCUCUGAACCCCCUGGACCUGUGGAGACCGACUGUCUCAUGGGUAUCAGGGCUGUGACCAUACCAGGAUUGGACAGAUUGGUUUGUUUUGUCAUUUAAAAAACCUGCUGGGUGUAAAAUCUAGUGUUUUAUAGAUUGGAAAAACAUUAAUGAUGUUAAAUUUAAUGUUUUAUAGCUGGGAAAAACAUUAAUGAUGUAAAAUCUAGUGUUUUAUAGAUUGGAAAAACAUUAAUGAUGUUAAAUCUAGUGUUUUAUAGCUGGGAAAAACAUUAAUGAUGUUAAAUCUAGUGUUUUAUAGCUGGGAAAAACAUGAAUGAUGUUUUAAAAACCUGCUGGGUGUAAAAUCUAGUGUUUUAUAGAUUGGGAAAAACAUUAAUGAUGUAAAAUCUAGUGUUUUAUAGCUGGGAAAAACAUUAAUGAUGUAAAAUCUAGUGUUUUAUAGCUGGGAAAAACAUUAAUGAUGUUUAAAAACCUUUUCACUACAUAUAUAAUACUGGUAUGGUCCCAGCUUUGCUCUAUGCUGGUAUGUGUAUAUAUAGAUAUAUAUAUAUAUAUGGCAUAUAUUUCUAGUCGAGCAUAUGAAUGUUUUCACUACAUAUAUAUUACUGGUAUGGUCCCAGCUUUGCUGUGUGCUGGUAUGUAUGUAUAUAUAUAUAUAUAUAUAUAUAUAUAUAUAUAUAUAUAUAUGGCAUAUAUUUCUAGUCGAGGAUAUGAAUGUUUUUACAAUAAUAUAUUUAUAUGAAAUCACGGUGACAUCACUGCCUGCUAAUCCAUCACGUCUUGCCCCUCCCUCUUCCUCCUUUCCUACUCCUCAUCCUCUCUAGUUUAGAUUACACUACUAGAUAGAUGAAGACUGCUAGUUAAAGCAGGGAAGUUCAAUGGUAUAGAUCAGGCCUCUCCUUCUAAUACGGGACUAAUUCAGACCUGGUAUAGAUCAGGCCGGGACUAAUUCAGACCUGGUAUAGAUCAGGCCUCUCCUUUCUAAUACGGGCCCAAUUCAGACACGGGACACCAGGUGAGUGUAAUUAACUAGGAGAAACAGAAGUGUUUCGGGCCUCCACAACCAGAACUGAACAGCCCUGACCUAAAGAAUAGUGGAAGAUUCUAGAAAUGAAGAUGUUUUUCCUCAUGGAUACAAUUUAUAUCUCUGUGUGCAGUUUGGAGGAAGUUAAAGGUCGUUUUCACCAGCCAAUGCUAACUAGCAUUAGCACAAUGAGUUGUAGUCUACCAGUACAGCUAGCACCUGUAGACUCACUCCCUUACCCUGACCUCAAUGGGCCCUGUUCCAAUUCUAUACCCUCCCUCCGUUCCUAACUCCCUUACCCGCACCUCAACGGGCCCUGUUCCAAUUCUAUACCCUCCCUCCGUUCCUAACUCCCUUACCCGCACCUCAAUGGGCCCUGUUCCAAUUCUAUACCCUCCCUCCGUUCCUAACUCCCUUACCCGCACCUCAAUGGGCCCUGUUCCAAUUCUAUACUCUCCCUCCGUUCCUAACUCCCUUACCCGCACCUCAACGGGCCCUGUUCCAAUUCUAUACCCUCCCUCCGUUCCUAACUCCCUUACCCGCACCUCAAUGGGCCCUGAUCCAAUUCUAUAACCUCCCUCCGUUCCUAACUCCCUUAUCCGCACCUCAAUGGGCCCUGUUCCAAUUCUAUAUCCUCCCUCCGUUCCUAACUCCCUUACCCGCACCUCAACGGGCCCUGUUCCAAUUCUAUACCCUCCCUCCGUUCCUAACUCCCUUACCCGCACCUCAACGGGCCCUGUUUCAAUUCUAUAUCCUCCCUCCGUUCCUAACUCCCUUACCCGCACCUCAAUGGGCCCUGUUCCAAUUCUAUACCGUCCCUCCGUUCCUAACUCCCUUACCCGCACCUCAAUGGGCCUUGUUCUAAUUCUAUAUCCUCCCUCCGUUCCUUACUCCCUUCCUUCUCCUUAAAGCACUUUCAUGACUAAGUGUAAUAAUGUCAUUUUAAUGAUAUCUAAAUGUAAUUUGUCUAGAGGUUUUUCUCUGAAUGUGUAUUUGCUUUUGAAACAAAUCAGAUUGUGUAUCCAGUGCCUCUCCUCUCUCUCUCUGUGUGUUCUGCAAGACCAGUUCCACCAUAACUCUGAUUUUUCUGGUCAUAUAUUAUAUUUCACAGUGAUAUUAAGUUAGAAUGAAGCAUUUUAAUGUUCUGGUGUUAGGUUAAUAAUGAUCAUGUUGUCGUGUCUUUGGCUAUGCCGGAUUAAGUGAUAUGACAUGCUAUUCUAUAAAAUGAUUUCUCUGUAAUAAAUAUUACCUGAUUUAUUAAGCUAAUCAGGUAAAUGUAAUUAACUAGAAAGUCGGGGGCACCACGAAAGAAUGUUUAUAGAGCUGUUAUCUUCCGAAUAAACUCUUAAAGACCUAGUAAUCUUUUACGUCAAUAUUUAAUCGUCACCUUGUUUAGUCUCAUCUGAAAGUUGUAAAUUCUUGGUAAUCUUACAUUUACAUUUUAGUCAUUUAGCAGACGCUCUUAUCCAAAGCGACUUACAGUAGUGAAUGCAUACAUUUCAUAUCUUUUUCUCCGUACUGGUCCCCCGUGGGAAUCGAACCCACAACCCUGGCGUUGCAAACACCAUCCUCUACCAACUGAGCCACACUAACCCUGGCUAACAAGUUGAACCCUGGCUAACAAGUUGAACCCUGGCUACUAACAGGUUGAACCCUGGCUGCUAACAGGUUGAACCCUGGCUGCUAACAGGUUGAACCCUGGCUGCUAACAGGUUGAACCCUGGCUGCUAACAGGUUGAACCCUGGCUGCUAACAAGUUGAUACUUUACAUGUUUUAUGUGCGUCUGGGCAUUGUACCGCAUUCAUUCUAGAGGUCUGUCUGGGUGCAGGGUUUUGCUUCAUCCAAAGCAGUGAUGUGAAGUUGACGAACCCUACCACUGGAUGACAGAUACAUUCUGCUGUUGGCCACACGCUAAAAUAAUCUGAUUGAAGUUGAAGUUCUGAAAUUACAUGUUCAUCUACUUCCUGUUACCUCAUGUUCAUCUUUGGUUACUGUAGUCUACUUCCUGUUACCUCAUGUUCAUCUUUGGUUACUGUAAUCUACUUCCUGUUACCUCAGAAUACAAAUCAAACAGAAUAAAUCUCUCUAAAGAUU